AUGAGAAGGUCUGGUGAACGUUUCACAGAUGCUGAGCUAGAAAAUAAACGUCUGCCAGCAUGUUAUGGUUACAUUGCAUAUGCAUUAUUGCCCCUUGAGGAAGCUAUGAGAGAUCUACAUAAUCUUCUACCCGAAAUCACUCGAUUUGUUAAAUUGGCCAAAAGACAUUGUACAUUUCCAAAUGAGCACAAGUUAACCAAAGAUGAAGCUGCCACAGUUUAUCUUUAUACAAUGGAAAUGUCGGAAAAUGCAUCUGUCUAUCAUAUUUUAAAUCGAGCGCUUUGUGCCGAAGAUCGGACCGAACUUCGUCCAUGGUUCGGAUACUUAAAGCUUUUGGAUUCUGCGACAUCAAAACUACCAGAUUUUAGAGGUAUUGUCUGGCGUGGAGUGAAUCAAGAUGUUAGUCAAACAUUCAAAAGAGGUCAAAGAAUAACUUGGUGGAGUGUAAGCUCAUGUUCAAGAUCUGUUGAUGUCGUUUCAUCAUUUCUUGGCAAAACUUCUCAGAGUACAUUAUUUAAUAUUGAGUGUUCGAAUGGAAAAUUCAUAGCAGCAUACACAUGUUACCCAAGCGAAGAUGAAGUCAUUAUGAUGCCGGGUACAAUGUUUAAAGUUGUAUCAGAUCCGUUACAUCAUCAUGGCGGGUUACAUAUUAUACAUUUGAAAGAAAUUACAGAUGAUGAUGACGAAGAAGAAGAAGCCAUCGGAUUGCCAACUGCAGACGCUGCAACUGCUACAUCUCGAGCGCAGCAAUCCGAGAAUCGAAGUUUAGGUAAGAAAAAAAAAAUUAAGUUAGUCGUCUAA